CUCCCUCAGCCAGUUCUCCUUCCUUGCUGCUGACUUCCCAUGCCAGUGCUGCCGGGAGCCAACUCCGCUGCUGCUCAGGAUCACCUUUCAGACACACCACCUGAUCGCGGCAUUGCGCACGGCUUUGAGACAAGGGGAGACGCCACUGAAAGUGAAACUAACCUGCAAUUUCUGCUAAUUUUCCCCGUCUGGUGUUGCUGCUGUGUGGCUUCUGGCGGGCAGGAAGACCUAUGCCAUGGUGUCUGGCCGCUCGAUCAGUCAUUCCUUGGCCUCAGAACUGGUGGAGUCCAAUGAUGGACAUGAGGAGAUUAUUAAGGUGUACCUGAAGGGGCGGUCUGGGGAUAAGAUGAUCCAUGAGAAGAAUAUCAAACAGCUGAAGAGUGAGGUGCAAUACAUCCAGGAGGCCCGGAACUGCCUGCAGAAGCUCCGGGAGGACAUAAGUAGCAAGCUUGACAGAGAUCCGGGAGAUUCUCUCCGUGGACAGGAGAUACAGGUGGUGUUAGAAAAGCCAAAUGGAUUAAAUCCAAGCUCCACAACCCAGUAUAGCAGUCCACCUGAGGUAGAUGCCUACAUAAGCGAAGAUGCCGAGAGCUUGAGAAAGACCGUGCGGGACCUGCUUGUCAAGCUGCAGGAGGCUGAGCGGCAGCACCAGUCAGACCGAGUGGCUUUUGAGGUCACACUCAGCCGGUACCAGAGAGAAGCAGAACAGAGUCAAGUGGCCCUUCAGAGAGCAGAGGACCUAGUGGAGCAGAAGGAGGCUGAUGUCGGCGAGCUCCAGAAGCGCCUGCUAGGCAUGCAGGCGGAGCAUCAGGCCUUAUUGGUGAAGGUCAGGGAGGGAGAAACAGCCCUGGAGGAACUUCGGAGCAAGAACACUGACUGUCAAACAGAGCGAGAAAAGGCUGCCAACUUGGAAAAGGAAGUGGCCGGGCUGCGGGAGAAGAUCCACCACUUGGAUGACAUGCUGAAGAGCCAGCAGCGGAAAGUGCGGCAAAUGAUAGAGCAGCUCCAGAAUUCAAAAACUGUGGUCCAGUCAAAGGACAGCACUAUCCAGGAGCUUAAGGAGAAAAUCGCCUACCUAGAAGCAGAGAAUUUAGAGAUGCAUGACCGGAUGGAACACCUGAUAGAAAAGCAGAUCAGUCAUGGCCAUUUUAGCACCCAGACCUGGACCAAGACCGAAAACCUGGGCAACGUGAGGAUAUCCAAGCCCCCCAGCCCUAAUAAGCCCAUGCCUCUUAUUCGAGUGGUGGAAACAUGAGCAGAAGAGCUGGAUGCUGCUGUUGCCGCUGCUCCUCACCUGUGGAGAAGCCGCCGCCCCUGUAGGCUGCUCGCCCCGACUUUGACUUCAUGACUGAUUCCUGGGCUGGGGGUCCAUGUGUCCCACUGUUUCCAAGCUCCUGCCCCCUGUGUGCUGGGCAGACAGAGGAUGCACACCCCUUCUGGACACUGCAGCCCUUGGAGGACGUUCACCCACCAGCAAGAGCCAGGGCAGUAUCUUUAUUCCUAUAGUUACUAGUUUUCUCUGUAGUAGAGCCGCCCUUCUCUUGUAGGCUGGAGUUCAGCUGCCCCAGGAUCCAGGCCCUCACUGGGUCGGGAGAGGUGGCAAGAUUUCCCUC